AUGAGUGGUAGAAAUGUACGAGGAGGUGCUAAUGCUGCUGGUGGUUCUAAAGCAGCUUUUUCUGUGUUUCAACAGAAAGAUGUAGCUGCUGGCGGAACAGGAAAAGUCACUAGUGAAAAUACUGGCGGAGCUCCAACAAAUCCAGCUAGUAUCAAAGAGCGUCUUCUUGGAUGGUGUCAACAAGCUACUAAAGGUUAUAACAAUGUCAACGUAACAAAUUUUUCAUCAUCGUGGGCAGAUGGUAUGGCAUUUUGCGCAUUAGUUCAUCAUUAUUUACCAAAUUCAAUAAAUUUCGAUGCUCUCAAUCCAAAAGAUAGACGAAAAAAUUUUGAAAUUGCAUUCAAAGCUGCUGAAGAUAACGGAUGUGCACCAUUGCUCGACGUCAAUGAUAUGAUUGAAAUGGGCAAUAAACCCGAUUGGAAAUGUGUAUUCACUUAUAUUCAAUCACUUUAUAAACAUUUUGUUAUGAUGCCUCAAGCAAUGGCAGCACGAACAGCAGGAACAGCACAAGCUGGUAAUCAUUAA